AGGCAUGGCUCAAGGGCUAAGCUGAUAAUGAUUACGGCCCGGUCGAACAGCAGCUUGGCGCGGCCGGCUAGCAGCCAACAACCCGAGCUGAGGCACCACUAGCACUGCUGUGGCGUAUAAGGGGUUGCUGCGAAGUAAGACGCGUCCAUUUUUCUGCGACAAGCCUCCUGCCCUCGACAAUGGCCCCAAUCCUCCCUACCACCGCUUACCUUCUUGGACUGGUGUUGGAGACUCUAUUUUACGGCGUGUAUAUCGUACUGUUCAUUCUCUCCAUGUAUUUCCUAGUAAGCGACGGAGGCCGGAAGCGCAGGGACACCGGGAUGAGCAAGUCGAUAAUCUUGGUUACUUCGGGGAAUAUCCUUCUGUUCGCCACCAUCACUGCUGAAUGGAUUAUCAUCAAUGUCCGGAGUUUCACAGGUUUCAUCGGUCGCGGUGGUGAGCCUGACGGACCACUCCUAUACUUCAGCUCGUUCAAUGACGGCACAACUACUGCUGUCAUGGCUCUAUGCGUUGUCGAAGCAGCUGUGGCCAAUUACAUAAUAAUGUACCGACUGUGGAUAGUGUGGCAGCGCAAGUGGUGGACUGUGGCGUUCCCUGUCUGCACGCAUCUCGGCACUCUGAUUAGCGGAGCGGUCUUUGUCUACCGAAUGCACAAGUUAACCCCAGAUGAAAACUUCUUCGAGCCUCCCUGUGAGCCUUGGAUUGCCUCUUGUCUGACAUGCUCUACUGCCACAAAUAUAUAUUGCUCGGGACUAUUGUCGUACAAAGUCUUGAGGGCGCAGCGAGAACUGAGGCGCGCUCAGACGACGUACCUGCGGUCCACAGUAACCUCGAGAAUUGCGACUAUAAUCAUCGAAAGUGCUUUGCUGUUUACUGCUCAAAGUACAAUAAUCACGAUCAGCUACUUCACCCACUCGUUUGCGGUGUUCGCCUGCAUGGGCAUUGCUGUUCCGUUCAUUGGCAUUUCCUAUUGCCUCAUCAUUGUCCGUUUCGGCCUGAACGGAGCCUUCAGGACUGGAAGACCGGCACUGUCCUCUAUAUAUCUUCCUCCAUUGCAGUCCUCACGCUCAGCUUCCGUCGCGAUGCCGAUGGUCAUUGAUAUGAUGCGCCAGUCGGGAGCAGUCGGGAUGGACAAUAUCGAGUCUGCCACAGAGAUAUCUAAGGCUGGUACACUUCGUUUCCUUCGGUCCAAACGUGAUCGAUCCUAUUCUCCGCACGCUCUGACUCAAAACAGCAUCCUCCCCCUCUCUCAGCCGUAG